GUUGGGAUCCCACCUUAAUCUCUCCAAAAACUCGACCCAUCAUCGUUUUCUUUCUUUCUUUCUUUUCAAACCUUUUCUUGGCCGAGUUGUGUCAGACUUGUCGGUCCGUUUCUUGGGCCGAGCAAGAACCGGUCUUGGGCUCGAGCCCGGGACAUCAUCGUCGUCGUCGGUAAGGGCUCUCGGCAAUCAUCGGCGCGCUGGGUCAACGAGGAUUGGGGAAAUUGGAGUGAGUGUAGGUUUAUGAUUAUUAAUUAGGAAAGGAAAUCCCGUCUCUGGGUGUCGCCAGUUUCUUGAUUUGGGUCGUGACAGUAACAUGGUGUUGCUCAGUAGCUCGAGUACAGUUUGGAUCCGCCACAUUCUUGCUUGCAUGGGCGGUUGCUUUGGAUGCUAUUCGAAGCCCACACCAAUCAUAGCUGUGGAUGAACCGGCCAAGGGGCUGCGUAUUCAAGGGCAGACUGUGAAGAAGCCCAGCUUUUCCGAUGAUUUCUGGAGCAGUAGCACUUUUGAUGUGGAUAAUGGCGCUUUUCAAUCUCAGAGAAGCAUGUCGUCUAUCAGCACGUCGACUCUUAAUCAGAGCAACGAUUCUGAGUUUGUAAAUCACGGUCUUAUCCUAUGGAAUGAGAGCAGGCUGCAAUGGAUUGGAAAUGGGAGCUCCAGGAAUCAAUCUAAACAGAAGCGUGGACGUACAUUGAGUUGGAAUACCACUUAUGAAAGCAUACUCGCUAGGAGAACUCCUUUCGCCAGGCCCGUCCCUUUAUCGGAAAUGAUAGAAUUUCUGGUUGAAGCCUGGGAGCAGGAGGGGAUGUAUGACUAAGGAAGUACGUCGCCGAGAAGUUCCACAUGUGUAGCCUGCAUUGAUUUGUGAUCUUACUCUGCCUCUUUAAUGUUAACCAAGAGGCAUUUGUAUAGAGCUUGAGAAUAUCAAUGAAACCCAAGAAACAGCUGAUGAUGUGAAGAAAGGUCUGUAUCUCAGUUCUAACAUCCGCUGUGAUUCUGCCCCGGUCCGCUUGAACUUAUAUGCUCUCUGUGCAGUAGGCUGAUCAUGUUCUGUUGUAUAUCUGAUCUGAUAUGUACAGAUUAAGCUUGUUGGCUGUUGUACAUUACCCUGGAUUCUUUCACUUAGUGUGCGCGGCAGGCGAUCUAAUAUGAUCAAAACGCUUGACGGGUGCUGUAUCAACUAUCUAGAUUGGAAAGCAGAUGUUGUCGUCGUUCCGAGAUGGUAAUGGCUAGUGAAGCAAUGUUUGUGAAUUUUGAUUAA